GACCGGGCUCGGUGCGGUGCGGCGGUACCUCCACCACUCCCUCCCGUCCUGCCGCCGCCGCUGCUCCCACACUAGCUCCGGGACACCCGAGCGAGCAUCCUCCUGCCCCGGCUGCGGCGGGGCGUGACCCUAAGCCGGCAUGAAAGUCACGUCCCUCGACUGCCGGCAGCUGCGGAAGCUCCUGCGAAAGGAGCCCUCCCGCUGCCUGGUGCUGGACUGCCGGCCCUACCUCUCCUACUCAGCCUCCUGCCUCCGUGGCUCCCUCAACGUCAACCUGAACUCGGUGGUGAUGCGGAGGGCCCGCGGUGGGGCCGUGCCCCUCCAUUUCGUGGUGCCCGACGCCUCUGCCCGCGCCCGGCUGCUGGUGGGGGGCGAGGGGGUGGCGGGGACCUCCCGUCUGGCAGCCGUCGUAGUGCUGGACCAGGGCACCGGCCACUGGCAGAAGCUGAAGAGGGACAGCACGGCUCAGAUCGUCCUCAACGCUCUGCUCUCCAGCCUGCCGGAGGCCGGGGCCAGGGUCUGCUUCCUGAAAGGAGGAUAUGAAACAUUUAACUCGCAAUAUCCUGAGUGCUGUGUGGAUGGAAAACUCAUUUCCCCGGAGAGGACUGAGGCGGAGAGAAACCUCACCAGCCACUGUGAGAAGCAGAGUGCCAACCACAAACCCGCUUACGAUCAGGGUGGUCCUGUGGAAAUCCUGCCUUUUCUCUACCUUGGUAGUGCCUAUCACGCUUCCAAGUGCGAGUUUCUUGCCAACCUGCGCAUCACGGCCCUGCUCAACGUCUCCAGGAAAAGCUCAGAGUCCUUCACAGACCAGUAUUGCUACAAAUGGAUCCCAGUGGAGGACAGCCACACAGCUGACAUCAGCUCACACUUUCAGGAAGCCAUUGACUUCAUCGAUUAUGUCAGACGAGCAGGGGGCAAGAUCCUGGUCCACUGUGAGGCUGGGAUUUCCCGCUCCCCCACCAUCUGCAUGGCCUAUCUCAUGAAGACAAAGAAGCUCCGUCUGGAGGAAGCCUUUGAUUACAUCAAGCAGCGCCGGAGCCUGAUCUCCCCAAACUUUGGUUUCAUGGGCCAGCUGCUGCAAUACGAGUCGGAGAUCUUGUCUUCCACUCCCAACCCACCUGUCACCUCGUGCAAAAGAGGAGCUGCAUCUUUCUUCGGAGAGGAACUGACACUAGGCAAGAACUUUGAAGGGUCAUGUUUUGCCUUUCCUACCUCAGUGCUGAGUUCUGUGCCCAUCCACUCUCCUGUCCACCAGCUGAAACUCAGUCCCGUGACAGCAUCUUCAUCCUGCUGAACACCAUGGGGAGACAGGAGCUGGUGUGGUCUUCUGAUCUGGACUGUGACUCCAACAAGAACAUUUCAUGAAUGUGCAAUAGAGAAACCUCAUCAACUUAGUCUGAAUCAGAGUGGUUCUCGUGGGUCAUACUUUCCUGUAUGCUGUGACUGCAAGAUCGAUCCAAGUGCUCUAAGUGUGGCAGGUUUUCUGAACUUCAAUUGUCCUUUUUUUAAAGAAAAAAAAAAGUUGUUGGGUUUUUUUGUUUGUUUGUUUGUUUUUUUUUUAAGAUUUUUAUCCACAAAGUGUGCACCCACUACUGUAUUUUCAGAUUCCUGAGGAGCAAUGAGAAGUCCAUUUAGUAUAUUCUCAAGCCCCAUCUCCUUCCCUCCUUGUUUUUGAAAAGACCCUUAUUUAAAGUUUCAAGCAAUAAACAGCAGCAGCAGGGGGAAGCAAGCAGACAGAACAGCUCUUCCUUUACCAUGGCAGAGGUGCUGGGAGUAAAUAUUCCUUAAGCUUUUUCUCCAGCUUUCCUCCUCUCCAGGGGUCCCCCCUCUCUUGUGUCAUGUUUCAGGGAGUAAAGGGUGGUGGGAGGGGAGAUCCUUUCCCAGAACACUGUUGCACAACCAGGUGAAAACCCCUUCUCCUGUUCCAGCCUCUGAAGUGUCAGGUAUUGACCACAGCAGUUACUGGAUACCAAACCAGAUGGGGGGACCCAUCCAGGUGUGGCAUUUCCAGUACCUCUCCAUUUGCCUUUGUACUGGAUGUGCUUUUAACUAAAGCAGGGAACUUAACCUAAGCUAUCAGGUACCCUGCUGAGCUAUUAUCCUCCCAUCCCUUUUUUCAGAGCAGCCCUAGAAUACUUGAACGUCUCCACUAGUCUUCACUAGCCUCACUCUAGUUAUUUCCCUCAAAUGACACUGCUGGAUUUUACACAAAAAAAAAAAAAAAAAAAAGCCCUGACAAG